CGCCCCCUCCCUGUGCCCACCCGCUCGGCGCCGCCGGGGCCGCUGCGGGAGCGUCCGCCAAGGGAGCUGCCGAGUCUCCGCCGCCGCCGCCGCCUGGGUGAGCUCGGGGUGCCCCGGGCGGUCGGCGGGAAGCCGAGGCCAGUCAUGGGCCUAAUCUUCGCCAAGCUGUGGAGCCUCUUCGGUAGUCAAGAACAUGGUGGACUGGGAAGAUAUUCAUGAAUACAACCUAAGCUGAGUUUGAAUACCAGCCAGUGAAAGGGAGAAACUUGGGUUAGUCUCAAUUGCAAGAUUCUGUAUGCUGGACUUUACAACAGGUUGGGGCACAUGAUCUUUCCUUUCUGCUCAGCACUGAUGAGGCCUCACCUGGAGUACCCUUGUCCUGUUUUGGGCUCCUUAGUACAAAAGAGUCAUGGACAUACUGGGGAGAGUCCAGUGAUAAGCUGCAAGGGUGAUCAAGGGACUGGAGCGUCUCAUGUAUGAGAAAAAGGUGCAAAGAGGGCAGAGCCAGGCUUGUCUUUGUGGAGCCCAAUGACAGGACUGGGCAGUGGGCACAAACCAAAAUACAGAAGCUCUGUCUGAACGUCAGGAAACACUCUUGCUGUGAGGGUGACUGAGCAAUGACCCAGGCUGUCCAGAGAAGCUGUGGAGUUUCCAUCUCGGAUAUAUUAAAAACCCAUCUGGACAUGGCCGCUGGCUCUGUGGGCCUGGUUGAGCGAAGAGAGCACAAAGUAAUUAUAGUGGGACUUGAUAAUGCUGGAAAGACUACUAUUCUUUACCAGUUCUUAAUGAAUGAAGUGGUUCAUACUUCUCCAACCAUAGGAAGCAAUGUAGAAGAAAUAGUGGUGAAAAACACUCAUUUCUUAAUGUGGGAUAUUGGAGGACAAGAAUCAUUACGGUCAUCGUGGAAUACCUAUUAUUCAAACACAGAGUUCAUCAUUCUGGUUGUUGACAGCAUUGAUAGAGAGCGACUUUCUAUUACAAAAGAAGAACUUUAUAGAAUGCUGGCUCAUGAGGAUUUACGGAAGGCUGCGGUUCUCAUCUUUGCGAAUAAGCAGGACAUGAAAGGCUGCAUGACGGCUGCCGAGAUAUCUGCAUACCUCACCCUCAGCUCCAUAAAGGAUCACCCGUGGCACAUUCAGUCCUGCUGUGCUUUGACAGGAGAAGGAUUGUGCCAAGGCUUGGAGUGGAUGACCUCUCGUAUUGGAGUGGCAAAGAGGUUCAGUAUCCCCAAAGCAGGGAUUCUUUCCAGCUGUUUAAACACUGCACUCAGUAACGUGAAGAGGACUUGAGCACAGCUGCUCAAAAUAUUUGUCAUCAAAAUAAAAUUGAGUUGUUGUGCGAAGCUGGAUGGGGUUUUUGUUUGUGAGUCCUCUGCGGUGAACAGGUAUUGCAGCAGUGUAGCCUUGUCACUUCCAUUUCAUCUCCAGUCUGUUCACUGGGGCAGAAUGGGGGCCUACAUCAUGUGCAGCUGUAGCCAGUUCACAGAACAUCUUGGCUGGACACCUGCCUCUUUUCAUCUCGGAGACGCUCCAGCUUUGAUCCUAAAGAGCCUGUCACAUCGUUUCAGCCAUGGGAAGCAUUCUUUGUUUUAGUGAAGGGUGUUUGUUUUAGUGGACUGUUCCCUUUCACAGAAAGAACAAAAGAAAUCCAAACAAGAGACUGGGAAAAAACUAGUAUGGAUCUUUGUGUGUGUAUUUGACUGUGCUUAGCAUUUAGCUGAGUUUGCUUUUAUUUCCUGGAGUCUGCCUUGUGGAAGAGCCCAGAAGGCAACAGUGAGGACAGCAGGAUGAGGAACCUGGCCACGAUGCCAACCCUAGCAAUAGAAACUAGUAUCUUGGAACAACCUUCAACUUCUUCCAAAAUUACCUUGAUGGUCUUUCAACACUGAGUGAUUCUACAUUGUUUCUUAGGGGAUGGAUAGUGCACUAGAAAAGCUGCAUGCUGUCCACACAGUGUGUGUGCCCACCCUGCAGACACGAGAAUGCAGCUUUGUAUUAGGUUUGGUUCUUGCUAGGUGUGCUACUCUUCAGUUGAUUUUUGUUUUACUGGGUAGAGAUAGGCAUUUCAUACAGAAAGCUUUCCUGGAUGUAACUGAAGACAUUCUUUCAGUUGCACACCAAUUUGUGUCCCCUAGAUGGCAGGAAAGGAUCAGUUUAACAGUGUCAUACCUGCUUUAGCUUGUGUUCUUCAGCAAGAAUCUGUGCAAAAGACUUAAAAUGCCUCGGUACAUGAAGAGGCUGCGUACCUCUAGCUGAACCGUGGGGGGUCACACUUAGGUAUGAUGGAGACAGCCUAAAUGGGAGGAAGGUUGAAUUACAUCUUUGGUGGGAAGAAAGCUUACAGUGAGGAUUUUAAAAAAUUUGAAACUGUUCUAUAGCUUAAAGGCAUUUUGCCUUUAUUCUUUAUGGUUAGAAUUAUAUUCCAAACCUAUUGUUGCUGCAACUGAGAAUGUAGACAACAAAAAGAAUUAAUACAAUUUCUGGCAUAUUUCAUUUUAAUAAUAACUUCUGUCUGUUGUCUAUGACAUGCUUGAUUUUUUUUGAACCUUGGUUGAUGAUAGUUGCUCCUGUAAUGCUCUAUUGCACUACUACUCAGAAAUUGCAAGGAUGCGGAACAUUUGAACUGCAACCUUGCAGUGUGUUUAGCUAUGACAAUGAUUUGUAGUCUUUACUGUAUACUACUGCAUAUGAAGGCUAAGUAAAAUAGUAGUUCUGUUGCAAGAUUUUGAUUAUUUUUAGUGUAAGUAGUGCUCAAAAUAGCAAUGGUUGCAGUGGGCAAUACCACCAACAAGCUUUCAUUGCCCAUGUUGCUUCUUGGCAGUUGAUAAAAUGUAUGUCAUAUUUGUGUAUUUCUCUUUAUGCAAUGUUUUUAAAAGUUAUUUACAUUAUAACUAUUGACAACAGUAUUGCCUAAUAAUUAGGACUUAAUUUUUCUGUCUUUGUUAAAAGUUACUGGUGGCCAAUCUUCAUGACAAUUGGAGCUGACUUGUAUGGUCUCAAAAAGGGCUCAUCCUCCAUAUUGAACAAGAUAAGAAGUGGUGAAAAGUGUUGGGGCAUCUCAGGAGAGAGUGAAGUCUCUAAGAUGAUAAUUUUGUCUUUUCUAAGCAUAUUCUGUAUUGAAGCAAUGAGCAAGAACUUCCUAAAACUCACUAUCUAUUUUGGCAGCUCAUCUGUUACACAUAGAAGCAAAAGUUACCCUGUAUGUGCAAGUUGUACCAAAGAUUUUAGUUGAAAAAAGUUUAGACAUCUGGUGGGCCAGUUGGGAGCAGUCAUGACCUAGCUUAGCUGUGCUCUGAGUCUGUAGGGUGAGAUCCCAUUCGCUUCCCAAGCCACUCAGAUAUACUGGCAUAGCCUUAAGGAUCUGAGCAUGCUUUUCAAGAAAGCUGACCUGGAGAUCCCCACACCCUGAUCGUGUGGGUUGUUCAGCCACACAGUGCAUCUGCUGAGUCCACAAAGAAUGAGGUGGAACUGCCUCCAGAGAUUACUUUGGUCUCAGUGCACUCCUCUCCUGAAAUGAUCGUGAAGUCACUGGAAGCUGAAGUGAAAUGUACAAAGAUAAACCUCAACGAAAUUAUUAACUGAAAUUUUCAGAUAUAAAUCUCAGAUUCACUGACAUUUUAGAAUUAAAUUAAUUAAAAGGCACUGUUGAUUGUGAAAAUGUCUACUGAGUUCUUUCAAAAAAGUUUCAGAAAGCCUGUUCAAAAAUAGGGCUGCUAUGACUGAUAGUGAAUUAAAAUUUUGGUAGCUGGCUGAAACCGGUCAAAAUCUUCAAUAGUUUUAAGAAAAAUAUAACUUUUCUCAACAAAACUCUGGUUUCUGGUCCCUCAUUUUUCAAGACUGCAUUUUUAAAGCAUUGUUUUCACUGAAUCAUUUGAGUGCUUUUCAUUUUUCCAUUAGCUUCUCCUAUACUCCUUGAGUAUGGGAGAAAAUUUGGGGGUUUAUUCCCUUCUGUAGACUAGUUCACUAGUUUAGGCUUGAAUUUUUGCUAUUCUAAUCUCAUGUUGAGAAAAGGACUUUUUGGUGAACCUUGAAAGUUUGACAAGAUAUCUUCAACGACCACCAACAGUCCACUGUUGGGAAAAACUUUAAAUGCAUUUUUUAAAAAUAGCAUUGCUAGAUACUUGGUGCUGAUUUUAGUUGAGUACACUACAGUUAGAAUCUGAAGAAGACAAUUGAAAGAUUCAUGUUCAAACUUGUGGGAAAAUAUGAAUGACUAGAUUUGCUUUCAAAGAUACAAAUAUAUAUGUAUAUAUAAAUUUCUCAUAUAUAAUGGAAAUUGAUGCACAUACAUACUGUAGUCUGUCCUGUGAGUAUUGAACAAGAAUCCUAUUGAUCCUACAAAGGCCUAAGCUCUCAGUUCUUAGCAUUGCCUUCCCCACCCAACAGUUGUUUUGGAUUCAGCACCUUUCAAAGAUAAAUAUGAGCUAUCUUCCCUUCGCUCUUUUAUCAGUAAGUUCCAAGGUGGCAGCUGCUUGAUAGAUUCCAAUUUCAGUUUAGUAGGAAAUGUAAUAUACUUCUGGAGGAAAAUUGGUAAGUAAUUACUGUAGAAUUAAAUCCUAUUGCUUCUGUGAAAAUAAACAAUACAGAAGGUGUCUGGGGACUUGAAGUAGGAUGCAUAAUCCAGCAGUACUCAUUCUUCUUAAUAGAACUAUCUAAUUGGGAGUUAAUGAAAAAAUAUUGGACUUCUUGCAAUUCCAUACACUGAUUCUCUGCAAUUGUAGAAAGUUUCUUUUGCUUCCUCUAAAUCUUCUUAUGUUUUUGCUUUUGUUUUUUACCUGCAGUGAAAAUGGGAUCUUAUAUUAACAUGAAUUGUUUAUGUCUUGGUAAUAAACAGUUAAGUUCAGUACCUUCUUAACUCAGUUGCUGGUUUGAUUGUCUCUUCAGUGUAGUCAGGAUUGUUUCUUAUCACCUUAGUAUAGAUUUACGAUUUUUUUACCAAAUUAAAAAAGAAAGGGAAAAAUAAAAUGAAAAAAGGUUAAAGAAAAAAUAAGUGAAAAGGGUUAACUGUAUACAAGUUGAAAUAAAGAAGGAGCAAAUGUACUUUAUUCUGAAGUCAAACCAUGUCAACCUGUCUGCCUUGUUCUGUGUUUCCUUUAGAGAAAAAAUAAUUUUUAGGUUUUCAGUUGUGCUGAACAAGUACUAGACACAGGCACCAUGUGUGGGCUUUUUAUUUCAAAUAUUCUCUUUUCUGUUGAUGAUGUGUCAGCUGGGAUUUCUCAGUGCUGAACACAAGCUCCCUAAGAUUCCUGGGCAGAGACUGGAUUGGUGACAGUGUUAUAAACCUUGGCACACUUCUGUGCCCUGUUCUUACUCUGCCAGGUUUUCUGAUUUAAACCAAAGACUCUCUCCACCAGUUAUGAGGUAUAAAGACAAUUUGUCCAGUACAUUUACAAUACAACAAGUGAAAAUUAGCUAUUUAUCUUAUAAAUCUAAUACACAUGGCAAUGCAUUUAGGGUUAUGGGCAAAAAUACCUGCAAGAUUCAUAAAUAUUUAAUUGCUCUGAAACACAGAUGUCAGUGGCUUUGUUUUUAAAGCCUGGCACUUAAAUUGGAUAGAAUUUUCAUAUGUCUAAAAUUAUGCUAAAAUUAUUUUGUAACUUCAGGCAAAAUUGAUCUAACUUGGGUAGUAAAUUUAGUUCAUUUCAAAGGGACAGAGCAAUAAAACCCCUGAAGCAGGCAGGGUAAUUGAUUGUAUCUAUGAGUUAAAUAUUCUGAGGAAGACUUAUUUUAGCUGACAAGGUCAAUUAUCCCCUCACUGUGUCCUCUUUAGGUGGUACUGGCAUUCCAAACACAUCCAAAAUUGUUAAAUAAAACUUUUGAGAGCAAAAUAAUGUUUCUUUAAAUAAAAGUCCUAUUAACUAUUUUUAAAAACUCAAAUAAAUUAAUGCAGAGAAAUAGUACUUAUCCAAUGGAUAUACAUAUUUCAAGUGGUAGUUACCUAUCCAUUGUCACUUCUGGUUGGGUGGAAUCUGAUAAUGAAAUUGUGGUUUGUGUAAAAAACAUCGACUGUAAAAUGGCAUUGUGUGAUCCAUUGAUCACAUUGAGUAGUUAAAAGGUUGUACCAUCUUUGUAUUUGAGCAUCCCUGGAAGGCCUAUUUCAUCAUGGAUGGAAUUGUGGUGCAGUAGAGACAAGUUCUUAGGUUGAAACAGACAGUGCUGAACCCCAUCAGAACUGGCAAAAGGUCGAUGUGUUGGUUCAAGGUAGGAAGGCUCUUCCUUGCUUUUGUUUCAGAUAUCCCAAGUUCAGCUGGCAAGUCCCACACCAUAAAACCUCACCUGCUCUCUGUGCCAGAGAACAUGAAGUAGAUGAUCUCUCUGCAUGUUCCCUGAGGAACAGCCUCAAACUCUUCACAUAGCUGUUUUGGGCUCCCCAGUGAAGAAACACAGAUCAUGGCAAAUCUUUUACUCAGAUAUUUGUACUUCUCUUUGGUAAUGCUCUAUGUAAAUUGUACCUUUUCCCUUGUUUUAGUUUCCUCAUCAUUUAUUUCACAAGCUUUGGUUGGAAACAAAAUAUUAUAGCAUUUGAAUUUCAUCUGUUUUCCUGCAGCUUUUCACUCAAAAUUAACAAUUACUGUGUCCUGAUAACACCAGAUUGUUCAUCUGAGUCCAAUUUGAAGUUAUCAUUCUGCUUUCUUUAAAAUUGAUAGCCCAUUCACUUUGUGGUGCUGUUUUGUUCAUUCCUUCCAGUAUGGUAAUAAUGUUUUCAGUCCUGUUCAUGCUGUUUAUAUUCUGCUAAUGUUUGCAUUUGCUUGGGAAAUCAUGGAUCCCUUUAUUUUAUUUUUAAGCUAUAUGCAUAUUCUUGUUUUGUGAAUCUACCAUAUAAUUUAAUGUUCUGUGCAGCUUUUUGUCUUGUUUUAACUUCAGUGCUAACCUCUGGAAGUCCUUCUGCUUCUCUUUCUUGCUCUGGGAUUUUGUCAUGUUUGCUUUAGUAUAGGUUGCUCUGUACAUCAUAAGCUUCAUCUCUAGUUUAGUGAUACCUGACUGGGAAACGUAUUAUUUCCAUAAAGAUUAAUUUUGUCCCAAACACCUUUUUUUUCUUUUUUUUUAUCAGAUUCCUUCUAGAUUAAGUUUAAACCCCAUGUUUAUCUUUUUAGUCUUUAGUAGAGGCUCCUUCUGCCUUCACUUAGUCUUCAUAGUGUCUAUUUAAAGUGUGCUGAAGCUAUUUCAGAACUAAUUGAUUGCAACAGCAAUGUCCUGUGGCUGUCUUCCUUUCUCUCUUGAACCUACUUCUAGUAGCCAGAAAUGGAAGUGAUGCUCUAAACCUUCUCUGUUGUCUUUCACAUUUCUGGAACGUUUCAGCUGUUUACAGAUUCUCAGAGUAAUUUUUUAGUUUCAUGUGCCCCACUGCCUUAUCCAGAGAUUGUUCAAAAGGAGAUGCCUGCUGUCUUACAGCGUGCCUGAGUAGGAAGGUGGAACGAUGCUCCAUGUGUGGUGAAAUGAGUAAGGCAAAAAGAGAAAAAGUGGUGAAAGGAGAAGGGAAAAGGCAUCAGAGGUGGAAAUGCUUUGAGUUUUCCCAUGCAGGCAAAUAUCAAAGUCUGUAUGAGUCAGAGGGCACUGCCCUGUGGCAGCUGGGAGCUGGAAGAUAUAUUUGGAGCUCACUAACAUCAGUACUUGACUGGAAGCAGGGCCAGCUUUAAAUUUAGGGUUUGAGCCUUGUCCCAUUGUCUUGGCUUGCACUUACUGGGACACUGAGCUUGUCUACAUUGUCCUCUUCAGCCACAAUCCCAGUCACUAAUUAUUGGGCAUUCUUUGGGUAAGGAUCAACCAUUGAGUGACUUUGAAAGGAAAUAACGUUGGUGUUACCAGUAUCUUCUCCUGGCUUUUCCUCAGGGAAGCAAGGUGAUGAUAUGUAGGAAGGAAGCAACCCUCUGCAAACCAAAAAUUGUCCCUUCCUUCCCCCAAUACAUGCACAUGGGGGAAACCUUUUGCAUUUAAGCAAGUGAGAAGUUUUGUCAAUAUAAAUUGUGCUUUGGAUGAAUGGGGGACACAAUCAGAAGCUACUAAAUUCUUUUUACUUACCAAAACAACCCCAAAAAUAUGAUUUAAAAAUGCCUAAGCACCUUUCUUGACAAUGUCUCAUCAAAUUUAGGCUUCAAGCAAAAAUGUGGUAGGAAAACGAGCAUCGGCUGUAAUUUCUCAAAGCUCACUGAAAGCUAUGUUUAAAUUAAAAUUCUGGAUUUGAUGUGAAAAAUAUAGGUAAAGUAUAAACCUUGGUGUUUAAUAAUAAGCAAAAGCCUCACAAAACCUUUCUGUCACAGAUCUUGCUCAGCUUUUCCAUAGCCUAAUAUUAAGCUCAAUGACAGACAAAGUAUUUUCUGAGGUUUAUUCUUUGGUAUAGAAAAACCUUUAAUUUACCCUCUGGGAUAUCUGAACUUGAGAUGGAGAGCUGUCACAUUCACUCUGAUUCUAUGUGUCAAUCUGCUGACUCCCACGCUGUUCAGUGCUUUAUACUGUUUAUAAAUAAAUUGAUUUCUGCUGCUUUGAAUCAGGUUUCUGAAGCACAUACCAUGAUAAUAGGACAAUCAAAUGUCAUGGGGAUGAAAUUUUAGCUAUUCUAGUUUGAAUUCAACAACCAGUUGGGAGAUCCUGUGUUUCUGUUACUUAAAUCCUUAGGUUUUUUCAUCCCAACAAGAGCACCGUAAUGAAAGGAAAUCAGGGUGGAAUUGAAUCUAGACAAGUGUGUGGUGAAAGGGGAAGCUUUAAGUGCAGUAAAUACCAAGAUGGUAUUUUAUAGAUAAAGUGCAGAAAUAGAACUGGACACAGCUCUAAUUUUUGCACUGUUGUUUGUUCUCUGAAUGUUUGGCUUUUUUUCCUGUGGUAUCUUUGUUUAUCUCCUUUUCUUCCCAAACUUCUAAGUGAAGCAUCAGCUUGGAAGAUUUUGAGUUUCUCAUUCAAGAGAAAUCUUUUCAAGAUUUGCAUAUUUCAGCUUAAUAAACUGGGCUAUCUCAGUAGCAUCAAGUGUUAUAACUACAAAUGGCAUUCUGAAGUAAGCAGUAUUGUCUUUGUAUAGCAUGCAUUUUUCAUGUCAACGGUUUCCUUGAUAUAAAAGUGUUUAGUAUUGUGACGCCUGUGCAAAUACAGAAGUUGUCUUAAAUUCUUCCCACCUGCACCAGUCCUACCUUCUGUUCUUCCCCACCAUAUACAGUAUGAAGUCUAAAGGAGCUGGACUUGUGAUGAAAAAUGUAUUUUUCUGAAGACCUAAGCUACUUCUUUCACUAGUACUAUUAAUAAUUUUAAUUGAUCUUGUUUUCUUCCUCUAGAGAGUUUUUCUUUUUAGCAAUUUAUUUUAUCCAGUAGUCUAUACUAUGUAAUGACAUCCAGCUUCAUUGGGGUUAUAAAAUUUAAAGUCUUAAAUAUGUUUGGUAAGUUUAACUACCUUUUAGUUCAGUUUAUUUUUCCAACUCAACUUUCCUAUCAUUACUAUCAAAAUAUAGUGUCAACAUCAAUUAUAAACUGUUUCCCUGAAAGAAGAGGCCUCAUAGAACAAUUUGCCUCCUAGGGUGAUUAGUUCAAACCAUAUUCUGAACAUAAAUGUCUGGUUUAAAAUUACUGCAGUAAAUAGAUAUUUUCAUUUCAGACUUGUGAAUUGUUUUAUUAGUGAAAAUAAUAUGGUAAAAACCCCUCAAGUUUCUAUUCUCAUUCAUGACUUUUAGAUAAAAAAACAUCAGUGCCAUUGAAGUUAACAUUAGAUGCAUGUAGUUAUGACAGCAAAACAUGCUUUAAAACAAGACACAACUUAGGUUUUACAAAGAAAGACAUUUCUAAUGGAGAGAGAUUUAGACGCAAUAUAUGACUUCAACCACAAAUUUGAGGCUGGGAAGGUUUGGGAUUGAGUAUCUUGGAGGCAGUAAAAGUUAAAAGCUAGAAGAACAACAUAUUAACUGUUACAAAUGAAAAUUACAGGUGUCAAGCAUCACAAGUGUGAAACACCUCUAAAACAUUCACACUGUUGUAGAGCAAGGAUUGCAGGAGUGGCUGACAUGCUGAGUCAGGUGCUCCUUCAGUUGUGAAUAAAUUCAUCAUUCAGCAGAUACCCUGACACAUUGCACUUGUGUAAUGAGAUUCCUGACAGAGUUUGCAGUUUAUUCUGUGUGCAUGUAAUGUUUCAAAUUAUAAUCUAAUAUUCUUCAAUUCUGACUACUCUCCCACUGAAACUCUAGAUUCUUAUCUGUCUUACUGAUCAGUGAUCUUCCAUGAUAAUCAGUGAAUUACUUUGGCAGCUGAUCAUAUUUUCUACUCUAUAUUGUUCAUAUAGAUUGUUCAAACUGCAGAAGUCUCACGUAAGAUGGUCUGCUUAUCACCAUCAAUUUAAAGCAAUGAGAAUGAUCAGGAAACAAUAAAAUGCAAUUAAAUUCA